AUAGUCCCAACCCAAUCCAGUUCUGCUUCCCCAAUUUCUCUGUCGCUCUCUCCACGGAAUCUUAGUUGUCCGAGUGGAGAUGAUGCAACAAGGGUUUCCGACCAAUGGAACCCUCGACUUGCCUCAGCUUCAGGCCAUCAUGCGAACAAUCGAACUGGCUUGCUCUACCAUUCAGGAGCAAAAUGGGGAAUUACUAAUCUUCAGACGCAUGCCAACCCAGCAGCAGCCGAGGCAACUUUUUCAUCACUAUGUCAGUCUCCUCGUCCGUACCAGGCCUGCCAGUUCAUUCUUGAGAAUUCUCUGGUACCAAUUGCAAGAUUUCAGGCGGCUGCAGCAAUUCAAGAUGCCGCUGUUAGAGAAUGGGUGUUUCUUACACCUGAUGAAAAGAAAAGCUUGAUUAGUUUCUGUUUGUGCUUCGUUAUGCAACAUGCUAGUUCACCAGAAGGCUAUGUACAAGCAAAAGUUUCUUCAGUGGCUGCUCAGUUGAUGAAAAGAGGCUGGCUAGAUUUCACAGCUGCUGAGAAGGAGGCUUUCCUAUAUCAGGUUAAACAGGCUGUUAGUGGAGGCCAUAGCCUGGAUGUGCAAUAUCGUGGCAUUAAUUUCCUGGAAUCAUUGGUAUCGGAAUUUUCACCCUCUACUUCAACUGCAAUGGGCCUUCCUAGGGAGUUUCAUGAGCAGUGUCGAGAUUCAUUAGAGCAGGAUUAUUUGAAGGCUUUCUACUGUUGGUCUCAAGAUGCAGCUCUUAGUGUCACUGAUAAAAUUGUGAAAUCUGAUUCUGCUAUUUCUGAGGCCAAUGUAUGUGCGGCAGCCAUGAGAUUUAUGCUACAAAUCCUGAACUGGGACUUCCACCUCAAUACGGAAGAGGCUAAGGGCGCCAAAGAGGGCAUAAAUGUUUUUCUAGUAGAUGUUAAAUAUGAGGGUGCCAAGAGGUCUGAUUGCAUCUUGGUGCAGCCUGGUCCUUCUUGGAGGGAUGUUCUAAUAACAAGCGGCCACAUUGAGUGGCUUUUGAGCUUGUAUGCUGCAGUUAGACACAAAUGCCCAAGUGACAGUUACUGGCUUGAUUGUCCUAUUGCAGUCUCUGCUCGGAAACUUAUUGUACAAUUCUGCUCGUUGACAGGAUAUGUAUUUCCAUCUGAUAAUGGACAAAUGCAAGAACGGCACCUUCUGCAAUUGCUAUCUGGAAUUAUAGAGUGGAUUAGUCCUCCUGAUGUGGUUUCAAAAGCGAUUGAAUGUGGAAAAAGUGAAAGUGAGAUGCUUGAUGGUUGCCGUGCACUCUUAGCCAUAACUACUGUAACAACACCCCUUGUGUUUGACAAACUCUUGAAAUCUGUAAGCCCAAUUGGUACUAUUAGCUUGUUGUCGUCCUUGAUGUGUGAAGUUAUUAAAGUCCUUAUGGCUAACUACAGCGAAGAGGAGACAUGGAGUUGGGUGGCACGUGAUAUCUUGUUAGAUACUUGGACUUCACUUCUAGUGCCAAUGGAUAACACUGGACAGAUCACGAUACUUCCACUAGAAGGGAUUGGUGCUGCAGCUAAUUUAUUUGUGUUGAUUGUAGAAUGUGAACUAAAUGUGGCUUCUGCAUCAGCAACCACUUAUGAGAGUGAAUCCGAAUACCUGCAGUCUUCUAUUGCUACCAUGGAUGAAAGGUUGAGCUCUUAUGCACUUAUUGGGAGAGCAGCUAUUGAUGUUGCAAUUCCUUUACUCACGCGAUUAUUUUCUGAGCGAUUUGCAAGGCUUCAUCAGGGAAGAGGCACAAAUGAUCCCUCUCAAACUCUGGAAGAGCUAUAUUCACUACUGCUUUUAACUGGGCAUCUUCUUGCUGAUGAAGGGGAAGGAGAAAUGCCCAUGGUCCCGAAGGCUAUCCAAACUCGUUUUAUGGAUUUCCUGGAAAUGGAUAAACAUCCUGUCGUUGUACUUUCUGGCUCAAUUAUAAGAUUUGCUCAAGAAAGUUUAGACGAAGCCAUGAGAGUGUCAUUUUUUAGUCCUCGGCUUAUGGAGGCAAUUAUAUGGUUCAUUGCUAGAUGGUCUUGUACUUAUCUAAUGCCAUCUGAAGAAACUACAAGAAGUGGAGACGUCUAUACAUCAAAAGGUGAAGAAAAUCCUCGAAAACAUUGGCUUACCUUCUUUGGAGAGGGUAGCCAGGGUAAAGUUGUGCUCGAUGUUGUUGUUCGAAUCUCCAAUAUGACACUUGUAAAUUACCCUGGGGAGAAGGAUUUACAGGAAAUUACUUGUUACCAACUACUUCAUGGACUAGUUCGGAGAAAGAACAUUUGUGUACACCUUGUGGAAUUGGAUUCAUGGCGUGUCUUAGCAAAUGCUUUUGCGAAUCAAAGAACUUUGUUUUCACUAAAUGCAACUCACCAGCGUUCAUUGGCUCAAUCCCUCACUCUUUCAGCUUCUGGCAUGAAAAAUGCUAAGGCAGCAAAUCAGUAUGUACAAGACCUCAUGAGUAAUAUGACAGCAUAUCUAGUGGAAAUGUCCACCAAGAAUGAUCUCAAGAGUGUUGCCCAGCAGCCAGAUGUUAUACUCUCAGUAAGUUGCUUGUUAGAGCGGCUACGUGGAGCAGCCUGUGCCUCAGAACCUAGAACGCAAAAAGCAAUUUAUCAGAUGGGAUUCUCUGUAAUGAAUGCUGUUCUUAUUUUUCUUGAAGUUUACAAGCAUGAGUCUGCAGUUGUCUAUCUGUUACUUAAAUUUGUUGUUGACUGGGUGGAUGGGCAAAUUAUCUAUCUGGAGUCUCAAGAAACCGCCAUUGUUAUCAACUUCUGUAUGCGUUUGCUUCAGCUUUACUCUUCUCAUAAUAUUGGCAAGAUAUCACUUAGCCUCUCUAGCAGCUUACAAAGUGAAGCUAAAACAGAGCAAUAUAAAGAUUUGCGUGCUCUUCUGCAACUCCUUUCAAGUGUCUGCUCAAAGGAUCUGAUUGACUUCUCAUCGGAUUCCAUUGAAACACAGGGCACAAACAUUUCUCAGGUGGUGUAUUUGGGUCUUCAUAUUGUUACGCCACUUAUUUCUUUGGAUCUGCUGAAAUACCCAAAGCUUUGCUAUGAUUACUUUUCACUGGUAUCGCAUAUGCUGGAGGUCUACCCUGAAAUGGUUUCAGAACUAAGUAGUGAAGCCUUUGGUCAUAUACUUGGAACAAUCGAUUUUGGCCUUCACCACCAGGACACAGAAAUUGUUGACAUGUGUCUGAGAGCUUUGAAAGCACUAGCGUCCUACCACUACAAGGAGACGCAUGCUGGUAAAGUCGGAUUAGGAUCACAGGCCACAGUCUAUAAAGACACUAAUGGAAGAUUGCAGGAGGGGAUUUUAAGCAGAUUCCUCCGUUUGCUACUGCAGUUUCUCCUAUUCGAGGAUUACAGCACUGACCUAAUCAGCGCUGCAGCUGAUGCUAUCCUUCCAUUGAUCCUUUGUGACCAAACCCUUUACCAGAGGUUGGGCAAUGAGCUAAUAGAAAGGCAGACAAACCAAACAUUCAGAUCAAGGUUGGCAAAUGCAUUGCAGUCUCUCACAAGUUCGAACAACCUUUCUGCUGCACUUGAUCGCUCAAAUUACCAAAAGUUCAGAAAGAAUCUUCAUAAUUUUCUUAUUGAAGUUAGAGGAUUUCUGCGGACAAUGUGAUAUGCAGACAUUUUUUUAAAAAUUUGCAACGGUUACUUGAUGAUUGUUGCAUUCUUUUCACUAGAUAAAGCAAUUGGGGGAUCUAUAAGAAUGAUACGGCGCCAGGCAACAGCGUCAUAUUUGGCUUCCAUUUGUUUCAAUUUCACCAUGGAAUGUAUUCCACAGCAGCAACAGCAGGAGAUGAAUUUUGGUUGGUUUUUGGUAGCAUGCUUGCUGAGAAACUUCUGCCUCCUCCCAUGCACCCCUUCUCUCAACACCCACCCCCACAAACACACAAUGAUGAAACCUGUGUAAGUAAAUCUCUUCCGUGAGGAAAGUUUUGUGUCAAAUGUUGUCGAGUGUAAACUAGGAAAGGAGACAAAGAAAGCAGAGAGCCAAUGUAUUUAGUUGAAGAUGGGGACGUUCUUAGUCCUAUGAGCGAGAUGGUUUGUGGCAAUAUUUGGAUGCUGUGAGGUGCCUAAUUCAACUGCUGUAAAUGUAAUAAUAAUAAUAAUAACAUAAAAUUGGUGCACUGUUA